CUCUCACUUUUUCUGUUUCUAUAUUUCCUUCCUUUCCCUUCACCCUAGUCCAAAGAAAAGACAAAGAAGCUUGCAAGUGAAAGAAGAGAUGGAGGCAAGUAUUCCAGCGGUGGAUUUCCAGAAACUUUCAUCAGAUGAAGAUGAGUUAAAGAAACUAAGAGAUGCAUGUGAGAAAUGCGGGUGUUUCAGGAUCAUGAACCACCCCAUUCCACUAACACUCAUGGCUGACAUGAAAUUAGUGGCUAAACAUUUGCAUGACCUUCCCAUGGACAUCAAAAUCCGCAACAAAUUAGCUAUCCUCCCUGACAAUGGCUAUGUGUCAUUGAGUGUAACAAGUUCUAUUUACGAGGGUUUGGCAAUCUCUGACAUGCAUUCAUCACCCCAUGCAAUUGAAGAUUUCUGUUCUGAAUUGAAUGUCUCAAACCACCACAGACAAAUAAUAGAGGCAUAUGGACAAGCAGUUCAUGACUUAGCAUCGAGUGUAUCACAAAAUUUGUCUGAAUUUUUAGGCAUAAAAGAUACCGAUUAUUUCAAGAAUUGGAAAUCUAUUAUUAGGACUAUGAAAUAUAAUUUCACCCCAGAAGCUAUGGGCUCCAUUGGAGCAGAACUGCAUUCAGAUACAGGAUUUAUCACACUACUUCAUGAUGAUGAAACUGUUAGUGGUCUUGAGUUGAUGGAUGAACAUUCGAGCUCAUUUAUUGCCGUUCCUCCUAAAAUAGGGUCUUUCUUUUGCAUUAUCGGAGAUGCUGGACAUGUUUGGAGCAAUGGAAGGUUUCGAAAUGUGAGGCACCGUGUAGUAUGCAAGGAAGCAGCUGCUCGUUAUUCAAUUGGUGCAUUUAUGUCACCAAGAGAUGGUAAUGUCGAGGCCCCAUCAAAGUUGGUGGAACUUGACCAUGCACAACUCUAUCGACCAUUUAAGUUUGAUGAAUUGAUGAAGAUCAAGUAUGAAGAUUUGAGGGGGUUAAAAGCUACAACAGGAAAAAGUGCUCGUGAUGCCGUUAAUCAAUUUCGCAUUGGUUAGGGAUUUGUUUGCAUGGAAACAUAUAUCACCAACAAAACGAUUGAAAAGUAAAGUUGGCGAUAAAGUAAAUGCUCCAUCCAUUUUACAAAAGCCAUUUAGUUUGGUCUGUCUUUAUUUUCCAAUUACUUGUGUAUGUGUUUAUAAUUCGGGAAUAGUUGCAAGAAUCCUAGUACUUAUUCAUGUUUUGUACCCGGAUGGGGAGUGGAUGUUUUAAUUUAGAUUAUGUUAUUGUGCUGUGUUUUACUUUA